AUGGGUGAAUUUGACGUCAAUACGGGUAUCCCACAGGGGUCCCCCCUGUCGCCAAUCCUGUUCUUAUUCUUCAACGCGGAUCUCAUCGAGCAGAUAAGUGCUGAGUGCCCAGAAGUGUUCAUGAUAGGCUAUAUCGACGACAUCUUUACUAUGGCGUUUGGGAAUUCUGCAGCAGCCAAUUGUCGUACCCUCACCAAAGCACACCAGGUGGCAGAGCGCUGGGAGAGGACUCACGCUUCAAAGUUCGCGGCAGCCAAAUAUCAACUAGCCCACUUUUGGCGGAAGUACCAAUCAGUGCCAAUGCCACAGGGUAGGCUGGAUGUGCCUCUCAUAAUCAAGGGAGUGGAAAUCAAGCCUGUGGACUCGAUCAAAUAUCUCUGGGUCUAUCUGGAUACCCACCUCACCGGGGAAGUGCACGUACAGGAGAUGAGAAAGAAGGCUGCAAAACUGGUGGCGGGAUUAAGCUCAAUCGCAGGAUCGACAUGGGGAACGCCCCUGGUUCAUCUAUGGAAAAUAUACACGGCUGUUCUCCAGCCACAGAUCAUGUACGCGUGCUUCACGUGGUACAUACGAGGUGGAAGAGGCUUCACUGGUGCGCAACGGGCUGCAGAGCAAGCUAUCGGAUUGAUCCAGGAUCAGGCUCUUCACCGGAUAUCUGGCGCUUUUAAACGUACGUCACGACAGGCCCUAGAGGUCUGCAUCCAUGUGUCACCUGCAGAGCUCACGCUCGCAAAGCUGGCUGAGGAGGCAUGCCUGCGGAUCAUGACCUCACUGCUUCGAUCUACACUUUACCAUGUACGUGGCCAAGCCCACCGUAACGACCCAUACACGUCGCCACUUCAUCGACUGGAAACAGCUAUCAACCGCAAACUUGGACGCGAUACUACUCAACGUAUUGAGACGAUCUACCCCUUUGUAGUGCCACCAUGGUGGGAGCCACCAGAAGCAAGGAUUGACAACACCCGUGAGGAGGCUAUCAAGGCUAUUGAGGCAACCUCAAGAACAGAUACAACAGUGCAGUUCUUUACCGACGGAAGGGAGCUGGAGGGAAUCGACGCGGCACUGGAAAUCCUACUCCGAAGCCAGCCACGCAAUGACAACCUACACGAAGCCACGAUCUACACAGAUAAUCAAGCCGCGAUACGUGCCACGUGCCAGUCAGAGAGGUCUUCCGGGCAGUAUAUCCUUCGACGGAUUGUACGACACCUGGGCCUCCUACGCAACAACCGAUCCCGAUGGCGCGUACGACUACAGUGGGUGCCAGGCCACGAAGGGGUCCCAGGCAACGAGAAAGCAGACCAACUUGCAAAGUUGGCUGCAGUUGAGGCGACACAGCGUACACGGGAGAACGCCCGGAUAGCCAGGAUCAAUACACCCAACCAGACUACACCACACGCCGCACGAAUGUCAUAUAUUCCAAAUCAGUCAACUAUCCUUGUUGCAGUGUGUCGCCAGAGGCUACAUGCAGGCCUUGCAAAGUGGUGGAAGGACCAGUGGGAGCAUGCCAAGCAUGGACGGCAUCGCUAUCGGAUAAUCAAAGAGCCAACAAAGAGGUUGUUGCAGCUGCACGAGGGAUUACGACGGGUUUGGAGUUCGGUGUUGAUCCAACUACAAACAGGUAAAUCAGCGCUACGCAGCUUCCUAGCGAGCGUACGGAUCGAGGACUCACCUCAAUGCCAAUGUGGCCUUGGAGAUCAGGAUACGGCCCACGUCCUCGUACGGUGCCCUAUCUAUAUGAACCUGCGUAUGGAGACUCUCUGA